AUGCUUGCCUUGUCGUUGCUAGCGCUGGCUUCAGCCUGCUCGGCGUCAUCCUUGCCCAUCGUUGACCUAGGUUACGAACGGCACCAAGCCAUCUCGUUCAAUAAUAAGAGCACAAUUGGCUUGUACAAUUUCAGUAACAUUCGCUAUGCCGCACCGCCUGUUGGAGAUCUCAGAUUCAGAGCCCCAGUACUACCCACGCCCAACCGCGAAUAUGUUCAAAAUGGUUCGGUAGGCCGCAUCUGUCCCCAGGGAAGCACUACCUGGGAAUCGGAUAUUGCGCCUGAGUUCAUCGUCAGUGUUCUGUACAACACGACCUUCGAGGGCUCGACCAAUAUCUCGUCGUAUGAAUACACAGCUGCCAAGGUUGAUCCUCGCACUUCUGAGGACUGUCUGUUCCUGGACGUGGUUGUUCCCAAGAAGAUAUUUGAUCGUGCUGCCGCCAACUCGAUUAGUCCCCUUCUGGCACCCGUCUUGGUAUGGAUUUAUGGUGGAGGCUUUGCGGGCGGCGACAAGUCUGACGAUAACCCCACCGGGCUGAUUGAGCGUAGUAUUACCUAUGGAGAUGGGGUCGUAUACGUUGCACUGAACUACCGACUGGGUGCUUUUGGUUGGUUGGCUGGUGAAAGUAUCGCCGCAGAUGGCACUGUCAAUGCUGGACUCCACGACCAACGCUUCGCUCUGAACUGGAUCCAGGAGAAUAUCCACCUGUUUGGAGGUGACAAGAACAGAGUCACUGUUAUCGGAGAGUCCGCGGGAGCCGGAUCUAUCAUGCACCAGAUCACCGCCUACGGAGGAAAAGUCUCUGUCCCUUUCCAGCGGGCGAUUCUGCAGAGUCCAGGUUGGGUUCCCACCCCGGAUGAAAACCAACAAGAGGAGACUCUGCAGACAUUCCUUAGUCUUCUAAAUGUCAGCACAAUCGAGGAGGCUCGUAAGCUUUCUUCCAAGAGUUUGAUUGAGGCCAAUGCCUACCAGAUCAGCCAGGCUGUAUAUGGUAGUUUCGCUUACAGCCCUGCUGUUGAUGGAACAUUUGUGCCGAAGAUGCCUGGACAGCUUCUUUUGGAAGGCAACUUUGCUCACGAUCUGUCCGUGAUGGUGGGCCACAAUGCCGACGAAGGACUCCUGUUCGUUUCCCCCGACAGUAGAACGAGCGCUGGUCUGGCCGUGAUGCUGGAGCAAAACUUCCCCAAUGUCAAGAAGCACGUCACCGAAUAUGUCACCGAGGUUCUGUAUCCACCCGUCUACAAUGGGUCAUACGGUUAUACCAAUUCAGUCGAGCGUACCUCCCUCGUCAUCUCGGAUGUGAUCUUCCAAUGCAACACCAAAUACCUGAACUGGGCCUACGACAAUAAUACCUUUGCUUAUGAAUUCAGCAUCUCGCCCGCAGUACACGGUCAGGAUCUGGCUUAUACCUUCUACAACAAGGGUGUUGCGAGCACUAGUGAGUUUGGCAUGAGCAAUGCCACUGUGGCCUAUGCGCUACAAGAUUAUAUUACCAGCUUUGCUCAGUUUGGAGUACCCCGGUCGUCUGUGGCACCGAGCCUUGAGCUGUAUGGUCAAGAUGGGGAUCUGAUGAAUCUCGAAAGCACAACCAUUCAGCCAGUGAUCGACUCGAUCAACAAUGCACGCUGCCGCUUCUGGCAGACUGCGCCCUAUGCCUGA